CCCCAUCCCCCACGCCCUUUGGCCACCCCACCCCGCCGGCGCAGAGACCGUACACAACUCGUGACACGACUGACCCACUCCGCUCUCCCCAGCUUUGACCCUACCCAGCCUGGCCCUCCGUGACCAGGGGACCCAGGCAGAGGCUUGGUGGCCGGUGGCCGGGCCGGGGUGGCCGCUGGCAGCGCUGCCGAGGAGUAUUUCUGGAGCGCGGUUGUGCUCUUUCCAAUCAUGUGAUGAGGACAUUAUUUAAGGCGGCUGCGAGGCCGGGAGGCAGCUGCGAGCUGGGCGGUGCGGUGCCACGCUCACAGCCGGCCGGACCCGCGUGUGGCUGUGCGCCCCCCCCCCCCCCGCACCCCGCCCUGCACCCCCCCGUCACCAUGGUCGACGCCUUCGUGGGCACCUGGAAGCUGGUGGAUACGGCCAAUUUCGAUGAGUACAUGAAGGCGCUGGGCGUGGGCUUCGCCACGCGGCAGAUGGCCGGCCUCACCAAACCCACCACCAUCAUCGAGGUGGAGGGCGACAAGGUCACCGUGAAGACCCAAAGCACCUUCAAGAGCACGGAGAUCAGCUUCAAGCUGGGCGAGGAGUUUGACGAGACCACAGCAGACGACAGGCACGUCAAGUCUGUGGUCAAGCUGGAUGGAGGCAAACUCAUCCACGUGCAGAAGUGGGAUGGGAAGGAGACAUCGCUUGUCCGGGAGCUGAAGGAUGGGAAAUUAAUUCUGACUCUCACCAUGGGCAACGUCGUCUCCACCCGCACCUACGAGAAGGCGACGUAGACGCCGUCCCCAGCUCCCCCCGCCCGUCACCCCGUGCCGCACUCGCCCCCCCGCCCCUGUGCCGCCUCCGCACAGAGCCCACGGCACCCCCGGGGCUGCCCACCCCCCCCCUGCCCCCCACCGCCUUGCGGGGCUGCUGGGGGCCUGGGUGAUGGUUUCACGGUUUGGUUUGGAUUUUUUUUUUUUUUUUUUUUAUUAAUAAUGGGAAAACCCAGAUGCCAAAAUAAUAAAGGCCAUGUUGUUACA